AUAUCUGCAAUUUCUUUUAUUUAUAUGUUAGUUUAUUCAUAUAUUUUGGUUCAAUAUGUUAUAAGUAUUCGUGACAACGUGUGAUCAUUUUUUUAUAUCGGGGUAAAUCGGAUGAAAGAAACUGCCUACGAUGUCGCAUCGGAGGGACCACGAGGAGACAGACAAGCAGACACGUAUAGCCAUUGUCAGCGAUGACAAAUGCAAACCAAAGCGUUGCCGUCAGGAGUGUAAGAAGUCCUGUCCGGUAGUUCGAAUGGGUAAGCUCUGCAUUGAAGUAAGUCCCUCGUCAAAAAUAGCGUCGCUCUCCGAGGAACUGUGUAUUGGUUGCGGUAUUUGUGUAAAGAAAUGUCCUUUUGAGGCCAUUACCAUUAUUAACAUUCCCAGCAAUUUGGAAAAACAUACUACACAUCGCUAUGGCAAAAACUCAUUUAAAUUGCAUCGCUUGCCAAUACCGCGACCAGGCGAAGUGCUCGGCUUAGUUGGCCAGAAUGGUAUAGGUAAAUCGACUGCUCUUAAAAUUUUGGCAGGAAAGCAAAAACCCAACUUGGGACGUUAUCUGGAACCACCAGAUUGGACUGAGAUAUUAGCAUACUUUCGUGGAUCCGAAUUACAAAAUUAUUUUACCAAAAUCCUUGAAGAUAAUUUAAAGGCUCUUGUUAAACCGCAGUAUGUCGACCAGAUCCCGAAAGCGGUGCGUGGAGCUGUUGCCGAACUUCUUGAUAAGAAAGAUGAACGCAAAAAUCAAACGGAAAUAUGUGAAAUGCUUGAUUUGUUAAAUAUUCGGGAUCGUGAUAUCGCCGAAUUAUCUGGUGGAGAAUUGCAGCGUUUUGCUAUUGCAAUGGUGUGCAUACAACAGGGCGAUAUUUUUAUGUUCGACGAGCCUUCUUCUUAUUUGGAUGUUAAGCAACGCCUAAACGCAGCUUUAACUGUACGUCAUUUACUUCAUCCUACCAAGUUUAUAAUAGUCGUGGAGCACGAUUUAUCAGUGCUGGACUACUUGUCCGAUUUUAUAUGUUGCUUGUACGGUGUUCCUGGUUGUUAUGGUGUGGUUACCAUGCCUUUUUCCGUACGUGAAGGUAUCAACAUUUUCUUAGAUGGUUUUGUGCCCACGGAAAACAUGCGCUUCCGUACCGAAUCGUUAACUUUUAAAGUUUCGGAAUCUGCCACAGAGGAGGAAAUUAAGCGCAUGGAACAUUACAUAUAUCCUGCCAUGACCAAGACUUUGGGAAAAUUUACUCUAACGGUUGAAGAGGGUCAUUUCAGUGAUUCGGAAAUUUUGGUGCUGCUUGGCGAAAACGGUACUGGAAAGACUACAUUCAUUCGAAUGUUAGCUGGUAAUCUACAACCAGACGAUGACGUUGAAUUGCCAGUUUUGAAUAUCUCUUACAAGCCACAAAAAAUUUCCCCCAAAUUUCAAAACCACGUGCGCCAUUUGUUGCACGAAAAGAUACGAGAUGCUUAUGUGCAUCCACAAUUUAUUGCUGAUGUCAUGAAACCUAUGAAAAUUGAAGAAAUUAUGGACCAAGAGGUUCAAAAUCUGUCAGGUGGUGAAUUGCAGCGUGUCGCUCUGGUGCUUUGCUUAGGAAAACCAGCCGAUGUCUAUCUUAUCGAUGAGCCGUCUGCUUAUUUGGAUUCCGAGCAACGUCUUGUUGCCGCCAAAGUCAUUAAACGGUACAUUCUCCACGCCAAACGCACCGGUUUUGUCGUCGAGCACGAUUUUAUUAUGGCUACAUACUUGGCUGACCGCGUCAUUGUGCUAGAAGGCCAACCUUCAGUUAGAACAACGGCCUAUUCGCCUCAGUCCCUUUUGAAUGGCAUGAAUCGUUUCUUAGAGUUACUGGGCAUUACAUUUCGACGGGAUCCAAACAACUAUAGGCCACGAAUUAAUAAAAAUAAUUCUGUUAAGGAUACUGAGCAGAAACGUUCUGGCCAAUAUUUCUUUCUCGAUGACGAUAAUGUUAAAUAAGGACAAGUUUGGUAAAAAGUUUCAAAUCCUGAACGGUUUAGCAGCGUUUAAUUCUAAGCGAAUUUCAAGUGAUCUUCCUACACAUAAUACAUUAGACGAUGCCUUCUCAAAUUCACUCAAGUUGAGUCGAUGUUUACACGUUUUUUAGGACGCCUCCUAAUCAACUCAUUUUCUUUCUUUUUUUUUUUUCUUUUUUUUUUUUUUUCUUUUGAAUACUUGGAUAGAACAUGUUCCAUGAAUAAUUAAACAAAAUAUCUACACAAAGGUAUCCUCCUCAACUAAAAAUCCGUGUAAAUACAUGUAUAUAAGAUAAACGAGUAAUUACAUGUUGAAAAGAACAAUAAA